AUCAGUAAAUCCCAUAAGUUUAUCGUGUUACGCUUUUGUGUGUUUUCUUUCGAUGUGAUUUAUUAGGUUGCCAUCUUUCAUGCAACGCGUUCAAAUUUGCUCACUAUCGGUUAGUUUUUUUGCUGUUAAUUCAUUGAUCAUGCUUGUUCUGUUGAGGUUAGAAUUACCACUACAUGCUUCCAAACCAAUUUUUUACGAAGUUACAAGCUGAGAGGGCUUGAUUAUCGGAGCCAGCCAUAUAGUGUUCUUCGUUUCACCAAGAAAGAGUACUUGCAUGACAUUCACCCACGUUUCAAGAUAGGUUGAUUUAAGUUAGGAUAUCAUGGAGUCAACAACACCGACAAACAAGCGGAAACAGUCAGCAACAUGUGAGACUUGUGAUGUAAUGUUCUCUAAUGAACAGGAUCUCUACGCCCACUUUCUGACGAAGGACCACAUGAUGGCUAGUACAGAAGCUACAGAGCUCCGCAGACCAUUUUGCGUUCAUGACCCUUCUCAGGCUGUUUACGUCAGGGGUCUUUCCUUGCGAAAUUCGCUCCAUGAUCUUCAGGAUGUUUUCAGACAGUACGGAGAAAUUAAGCAAUUGAUCCUGACAAAGGUCUCAAAGUAUGAGGCUGGUUGUUUGGUAGAAUAUGCAGAGGUUGGUGCUGUUGAUGCUGUACUCAAGAAAUCACCCCUCUUGAAUGGCACAAAACUACAUGUUAAGAAGUACAGCAUUAGGUCCUCUUUAGUUAGUCAUGAAACCUCAAUUGCCAGCCAGAGUUCGAAUAAAAAAGUUUGUACAGAAUCUGAUGAUGUAAGACCAAGUUCCCCAAGGUCAAGCUCACUGCCUGAAACAACUCCACCUCUGGAAAGAAAUGGAAUAGCUAAAGACACAAGCUCCUCUCAGCUGUCGACUAGUAAGAAGAAGGAACCUGCACAGCUAAGUCCUGCAGAGAAGCUAUUAAAAAUCUUCGAGGACCAAAAUACUCCAAAGGAACUAGAAGAUGCUAAGUGCCCAGAAUUUGAUAGACGUCAGAGUUCAGUUCGAACCUCCUCGAUCACUCCUAAUAUAAAAGAAAAAUCUACUCCUGAGAAAGAUACAUCCAAGUGCAGUGAAGAAAGCCUAUCACUAGUAUCUGAAAAGUCUGCUGAUAUUAGUCAUCACAAAUUUUCUGAGAAAUCCCAAAAGACUACUGAUAGGAGCAAAUCAACAUCUCAAGACAGGAGCUGUUCAGUAUCUCCUCUCAACCACACAAAUAUAGUGCAGAAUACUUCCAGAGCAUCUCUACAAGAUUCUCCUCAUAAGGAAAGUCCACGUUUAAAAAUUGACGAUAAAAUGUACGAUGAUCAAAUAAUAGAUUUUGUCACUCAGCUCCAAGCAACUCUGCCCCUAGUUCAGUACAAAUACCAAGAGGUAUUUGAAGACGUUAGAAGGGCAAUAGGGCUACUCAAUGUCAAGUACAAUUGCUAUCUAUUCGGUUCAUCUUUCACAGGCCUUUGCUGGGACGGAAGUGACCUUGAUAUCUGUAUCCAAUGGGGACGAGUUGUAAGAGACUUAGAAUUAGUUCUGAACGAUUGCAGGAAGGUGCUUUAUAAAUCCGGUUGCUUCGAUAAAGUUAUCAUCAUUCGUGCCCGAACUCCUUUGAUUAGAGCCCAACAUAAAAAGUUUAAGCUCCAAUGUGAUAUCUCCUUCAAGUCCCGUCUUGGCGUCUAUAAUAGUAUUUUAAUUAAAAUUUUGCUUCUUUUUGAUGCACGUCUUCAGACCAUGAUAAUGUUUCUCAAAUACUGGGGCCAAAAGAAUGAGUUGGUAGGUAGUAACAAGAUGAAUAGCUACUGUCUUUGCUGGAUGAUUAUCUUUUUCCUACAAGUCCAGAAUAUUCUACCAACAAUAGAAUUUUUGAACAGCUUUUCUCCUGAGCAUAUGCAAUACAUGGGAUGGAAUGUUUCAUUUUUCAAUAUACCCCAUGUAACUGUCAGUGAAAUCCGAGAGCAGUUUCUGCUUCAGAAUCCAUAUCAAGAGAAAUCCAUUCGUCAGUUGUUAAUUGAAUUUUUUGACUAUUACUUAACAUUUGAUUAUGGAAAAAAUGUCAUCUGUCCAAUAAUAGGCACUACAAUCCCACGAACUAACUUUGAAAACUUGACUGAUCUCCCUCCUAGCAUGGUACAGUUUGUUCGAGAGGCUCAAACUCUGCGUAUGUCAAGGACUAAUGACUUCAUGUUUGACCGGUCUUUUGUUUUCUGUUUGCAAGAUCCAAUUGAACUGACCUUCAACAUCGGCAAAUGUAUGUCGCCUAAACUUAAGGAUCAUUUUAAACUUUGUUGUAAAACAGCAACACAGAUUCUGGUCACAGAGAAGGUUUAUAUGAUAGUUCCCAAACUGACUCAGGGACAGGAUUCAAAAGAACCAGAGGGAAACGCGUAUGUUAUGACAGGGCAAAAGCAAGUUUCCAUGACUGUAGAUCAGACACUCAAAAUGCUCAAAAAAUCCUAUUGUCACACAAUAGGUGUAGAACAAAGUGAAUUACAUACGGACCCUCACCUGUGGAUUACUGACCUGUUCAUGGCUUUAAUAAUGGUUUUAAAUAAAUGUUGGCAGUUCGAUAUUUCUGUCUGUUCAAAAAAUCAGUGCACUGAUGAAGUCAUCAAUAAAAAGUAUCUUCAGUUUGGAAAGAAGCUCAAUCUAAAUUGGUGUCAAAUUCUGUAUUGCAAAGGCUCAUCAGUUCUAUUUCAUAACAGAAAAAAGCUAAAAAAGGAGAUGAAGUCAAUUUCGUUACCAAGCAAGCUCAAAAAUAAGUCUGAAUUUGAAAAAGAAAUAUACCAAUACACUAAAAUAUUCCAAAAAGAGAUGAGCUCUAAAAGCUCUGAACAGCAGUCAAAGGAACAAUUUUUUUUAGUAUUUUUUUUCAAUCCCAUAGACAGGGUAACUCGUGUUGAAGUUACCUUCAUGCGCUACUUCAAACCUAACUCGAUACCGGGUGUCAACAAUUAUCAUGCUUUUUUUGAGUAUGCACAUCAAAAUUUCCUUCCCUUGAUCUACAGGUCACUAAGUUUUGUACGGAAUAAUCGAGGAAAGCUUGAUCUUUCUGUAGAAUUAAAAUCAAUCUGCGAUGACUAUCUGAACUUGUUGAUACCACCACCACCGUCACCACGUUCAGUUCACAACUUGAGUGGGAGUACUGUGUCAUCACAAUCAGACUUCGUGCAAGAAGGGCAGUCUCACUCCCAGGCAACACUAGAAGAUGUGACAGAUAUAGUACAGGAACAGCAAAGUAAGGAAACUCAUGAGAAAAUAAAAUCUGAACCAAGCUCAGCGAAUCCUGCUGAUUCUGAUUCGGAUAUUGAAAUUGUUCCUGUAGAACCAAAAGUAUUCGAGUGUAUUGAUGUUGAGUGAUCAUACAUAUUGAAGUGUAUUUUGAUCUAAUGAUCUCAAGUUUAUAUACUCAGUCAUAUUUUUAAUGUUAGUCAAUAAAAGUUGAUGUCCCUUAGGUAAACAUCCCUGACGUCCAUGUAAUUGCAAUUUGUAAUCACUCAAUCAAAAAAAAGAAAAAAAAUGAGUGCAUAGACCAUGGGUGGCAGCAUCAUUUUACUCAAAAUUGUGAUGCACUUUUUACACCUGAUUUACUUUUAAUUAAUGUCCGAUUCAAUCUCUGCAAGCAAUAGCAGUAAAAUUGGCUUGAAUUAAUGGUUCAUUCACAAAUUUUGUGUUCUGUUAGAGCUGAAGCAUGAACAUCUCAGAAAAUAUAGUGCCUUAUAUUUUGUUUAUGGUGGCAUAGAUUUUUAACUAUUUUAAGAAUGCUGUUUCAGCUGUUCUGUAGUCAUAAAUUCCAAUUUUCUCACAUAGAUUCUUAAUUAAAGCUGUGUCAGGUUGGACUCCUGUAAGGUGCUUCCUCAGAAACCAUCUGAUUUCCUUGUUCAGAAUUACAGAUUUAAGAAUUUGGAUCAAAAUAUUUUUCGAUCUUUUGUGUGAAAUUCUGAUAAAAAUAACUUGCAUUUGUCAUCAAUUUAUGGUACCAUAUUUAUUGUCUAUCCAACCUUAAAUGUUAGCAACACAGGUUGGCAAUUUAAAAAAAAAGAAAGAAAGUGAAAUGUGAUUCCUUCAUAUUGUUUAGCGCUGACUUAAAAGUUUACAGUUGUUUUUUUUUUCAUAAAGUCUUAAAUUUUGGUGGAAUCAAGAGUUCCUUCAAAAGGAGGUUUUUGUGGGAAAUUUUUUUUAGAAUAGGUGAAUGAUGGAGAAUAAUCUCUUUUCAUACGCACUUUUACCACGUAAUCAUUGAUCGAUUAGUCUCUUUACAUCAUGUAGCCAUUCACUUGAUUAUCUAAACUCUCUUGGAAAUCUAAGUGCGUAAUGAAUUUAAUGAAGAAAACAGUUGUCUAAAAUUCAGUGCUGAAAUAUGUUGGAAUCUUAAAUUUUGUGUCUAAGGUUUUCUUCCCUUUCUUGUUUCUUCCAGAUCUGUGUGAUUCUGUAUUUGAAAUUAAACAGUCUCAGCUUUGUAACAGGAGUCUAGAGGCAUAAUUAUCUCGUGAAUCUUCCUCUUGUAAGAUCUCUCAUUGAAGAUUGAUUUUAAGUUUUAGCCCAACUAAAAAAUGCCAUCAAGGUGCGAGAUUAAAUCUUCCCCUCUCAUUAGUGAAGAUUAAUCAAUCAAUUUAUUAUUUUCAGCCUAUUUAUUUAUUAUUUUCCGGUAAUAUAAGAAAUGGUACAUGAUUCAUAUGUCUAGCAAAGGAAAAAGUUUUGAAUUAUUUUCUCUUUCAAGCUUUUUUUCUCGUUUUUAUGUUCUCCUCCUCUUGGUUGUCUGUGAAAUAACCGGUAAAAUAGUUUAGACAUUAUUGAAAGUUUCUUUGCAUAACUUUUAUUUAUUGUUAGGUACAAUUUCUGUUUGACUGUAAAUAAGUUAAAUGAUCAUAAUCUUGUUGUAACUAUUUUUUUGUAACUGUAUUUGUUAAAAUGUAAAUAUUCUUCUUUUCAUACCAGUGAUAUUAAUUUUACAAACUUUGUAUUACCUACUGUACAAAUUAAUUGUUUUGUUGCAUCUGAACUGUUCGCAGUCAAGUAAAAUUUUUACUUUUUGAAA